AUGGUGGUUCCUCUCGGCCCCGGCAAGUUCUGCGGAAGCAGCCUUCCACGUCCCCGCAUCUAUACAGAUACCAAGUUCAGCUCGGAACGUAUAGACCCUCCGGUCCCGGUACUCGAUCCGCUCCUCUCAUGGGCCGACGAAGCACAUUGGUCCAUGGGUGGUCGCAGCUUCAAGCGUUUCCGUCUCCAAGGUCGCAUCGAAGGCAACAUCAAAAGACUCAAGGCUCAGCGCGAGAAUUUCCCGAAGGAAACCCCCGAAAGGAGUUCUAAAACCAAAAUGGACAACGAAGAUGGCGAUGUUUCUCCCCCUCCCGCUCCCAUUGCUGUAAAAAAGAGAUUCUUGGAUCUAAACGAUGACGUCCAGAGUGAAAGCGAAGUCGAUGAACCGCUGUUGAAGAGAGAAAAGAAGAGGGUAUUGCGGAAUGGUGCGGUGCGGAAAUUGGGUGAUGAUUUCGAGCUAGUGGCGAAGAACAGCGGCUUCAUGAGCCAAAGGAAAAGGAGUUUUAGCGAUGUCAUCGGCAGCGAUGUGAUGAAGAUCGUCGAGGAGGUUAAUGAUGGGUCUGCAACUAAAGAUGAUAAGAAGAAAAGGAAGGGUAAAACUGAGUUGCAGAGUGGGAGUAGAACCUCACCCAGAUUUGUAAAGCGUGGGCGUAAUUAA